AUGCUGGUGAGCUGGCGAAUCAGAGAUGAGGAAGCUUCAGCCACAGUGGUAUGGCCACAGCAAGUGGGUUGGUUACGCCAACAAUCCGGCUGUGGCUCGUGCGUCUGUCACCAUUGGGGGCUCCCUGAGCCAAGGACGGCGACAACCUCAACUGCUCCGCGCCGUCGCGAGAAAUCAGAGUCGGGUCGGCAGUGGACCCAACCCGCCAGGAUGAAUCGCAUAUCAAUCCUCUUGCUGCUUAUUUGCGGCUUGGUCGCUCUUGUCAGCGCAAACUCGCCGACGUUCUGCAAAUGCACCUGCUUCAAGAACAGCACCAUCGUCGCCCUAGGCCCCCAACACGCAGACGGUGACCCCCCCGGCAAAGUACCUCCUGCCUCCUCCCGCCGCGACGUCUCCUCUGCCGACAUCCACAAGCGCGCCGCCUCCUCCUCUUGCUCGCAAUGCACAAAGGCCUUUUGCCUCAGCCGCGGCAUCGACUUCUGCCGCGAUGCAAAAGACGAGGACGUUCAGACCAUGUGCUUUCAGCGCGAUAGCAACAAGGACCGCGUCAUCGUCUGGGGCUUUUUGCUGGGUACGUCGGGCCUGCUGGGCUGGGCCGUGUUCAAGAGGGCCAACGAGCUGCGCGAGGGGAAGCGAGCUGCCGAUGCUGCUGCUAGGAAUGGUGCGGAGAGGGGGGAUUAUAGUCAACUUUCGCCAGCGAGGCCGAAUUGA